GACGAGGCACAUUCGGGGAAGGAACCCGAACUCGUCGUAAUUUCCGAAAUUGCCCCCAUAUCAAAGCCCCCGCGCAUUCGAACGGACCUCACCUGCGCGCCAUGUGUUCGAUCAAAUGCCGCCUCCUCCUCAGGCCGCUCUGCUGUCACCGCAGCCGCCACUUCUCCACGGCGGCGGCGAACUCUAGCCUCCCACGGAGGAAUCAUGCAGAGGAUCUUCCACGGGGGGCUGGUCCGCCUCCCGCGCCGGGCGCCGGGGACGCUGCGAGAGCCCACGAGGCGGCGGUCAAGCGGCUCGCGGCGGCGGGCGACGUGGACGGCGUGCAGCUCGCGCUGCAGGAGAUGCGGCUCCGCGGGGUUCCCUGCACCGAGGGCGCCCUCGUCGCCGCCAUCCGCGCCUUCGCCCGCGCGGGGGCGCCCGACCGCGCGCUCAAGACGUUCUACCGCGCGGUCCACGACCUCGGCUGCGCGCGCCCCACCGCGCCGCGGCUCUACAACCACCUCAUCGACGCGUUGCUGCGGGAGAACAUGGUCGCGGCCGUCGUGCCGGUCUACGAGAACAUGAAGAGAGACGGCGUCGAGCCCAACGUGUUCACCUACAACCUGCUGGUCAAGGCGCUGUGCCAGAACAAUCGGGUCGGGGCCGCCCGCAGGAUGCUCGACGAAAUGGCCAGGAAGGGGUGUCCCCCGGACGACGUGACCCACGCCACCAUCGUAUCCGCGAUGUGCAAGCACGGCAGGGUGGAAGAGGCCAGAGAGGUGCUGGCUGUGGCACCGCCAGUGUGCGCCUCAUACAAUGCCGUCGUUCUAGCUCUGUGCUGCGAAUUCAGGAUGCAGGACGUGUUUUUGAUUGUCGAGGAGAUGGUUCAGAGGGGAUUGCGGCCUAAUGUCAUCACGUACACAACUAUAGUUGACACGUUCUGCAAGGCCAGGGAGCUGAGGAUGGCAUACGCCAUUCUAGCUAAGAUGGUGGUGACCGGAUGCACUCCAAAUGUCCCAACAUUCACUGCGUUGGUGAAAGGUCUCUUUGAUAGUGGAUGUUUCCAUGAUGCACUCCGCAUGUGGAAAUGGAUGGUGGCUGAAGGAUGGGCACCGUCAACGGUAUCUUACAAUGUUCUCAUCCAUGGCCUUUGCAGCUUUGGUGAUCUCAAGGGAGCAUUGUCUGUUCUCAAUGGCAUGGAGCAACAUGGCUGUUUUCCUGAUGUGAGGACCUGCUCCACUCUUAUUGAUGGUUUCUCCAAAGCUGGGGACCUAGAUGGUGCCAUGUCAAUAUGGAAUGACAUGGCAGGUGCUGGUUGCAAGCCAAAUGUUGUUGUUUACACGAACAUGGUGGAUGUGUUUUGCAAGAAGUUGAUGUUCGAUCAGGCUGAGAAUCUUAUUGAUAAGAUGCUAUUUGAAAAUUGUCUUCCUAACACAGUGACUUUCAACACAUUGAUCAGAAACCUGUGCGACUGUGGAAGAGUCAGGAGAGCUCUAGGUGUGUUCCAUGAGAUGAGAAGAUGCCCGCCAAAUGAUCGGACUUAUAACGAGUUGCUUCAUGGUCUUUUUAGAGAGGGAAACCGUGAAGACGCCCUUCAAAUGGUGAAUGAGAUGAGAAACCAUGGCAUGGAGUUGAGUCUAGUAACAUACAACACAGUAGUAAGUGGUCUUUGUCAGAUGAAAAUGAGCAGAGAAGCUAUGCUGUUUCUGGGGAGAAUGAUAGUUCAAGGAAUCCAACCAGAUGCAGUUACCUUCAAUGCAAUGAUUCAUGCUUACUGCAAGGAAGGGAAAAUCAGGAUGGCUGCUUGGAUGUUAGGUGGGAUGAAUGCAGUGAACUGCCCUCGGAACAUAGUUGCAUACACUAUUCUGAUGGCAGAGCUUUGCAAUCAGCAUAGGAUGGAAGAUGCCAUGGUGUACCUACUAAAAAUGUUAUACGAAGGUAUACAUCCAAAUACAGCAACAUGGAAUGUGUUGGUCCGUGGAGCUUUUAGAAACCUUGGCUGCAUUGAACCAAUCGAUUUGUUCCAGCAUAUUACCACAGAAUUAUCGGCAGGGAUCUGAGUUUCACUAUUGCCAUUCUUUGAGUAAUCAGAUGAGUUGAGGUUAUGAAGAUGUUCCUUGAGGUCUCAUUAGGAGGCAUCAGUCAAACUCACCUUUUUGUAAACUGUAUCGAUCUCGGACUGCACAUAUAGAACAUCGGAUUAGAACUACUCAAAAUCAGCAAGAAAGGCUGACUGAAGAAGAUCAAGAAUCUCAUCUGCCUCACCUGGUAAUAUUUCAGCAUAUUGUUUCUUCUCUUCUUCAUUGUUGCCGUCACCAGAUCCCUUUCAAUGUCAAAAGGUAUAUGAUCCAACACUAUGCCUUUGAUGUACUCGAAACCUCGUAGCUGAUUUGUGGAAGACAAUGACGGUUACCAUAUGGAACACUCAGAAGUGCAGCGAAAGGGUGAAACGCAAGAAGUCUACAGAACUAAGCUACUUACUCUUUUCUUUUCUUAUACAAAUGCAGGAAACAGGCACAAACAUCACUACUUAUGAUAAUUUAAGCUGCCAGCUCUUUCAGGAUAUACUCUUUAAGGCCUUCAAGUUUGCAGAUUUCACUGAAAGACCCUUUGUAGCCGUUGGACUCUGCCCACUUCAUGGUGUUUUCUUCAUGUGGAUUGACUACUGCAACUAAAUUUGAUCUGAAGCUGUCCCCAUAUACCCAGAUCUAGAGAAAGACGGAAAUGGCAGUUUUAGAUGUUGACCAGUAUUCUCUCUUAAUUCAAUUUACUAUAUCCACUCAAUUUUUUUUCUUACAUCUUCAACAAGUGGAGGGAAGCCAUAUACUUUCUCGAGGUACUCAACUGCAACAUACUCCCCCUGUGAUAACUUAAAUAUGUUCUUUUUUCGGUCAAUUACCUUCAGGAUUCCAUCCGGGCUCAUCUCUCCAAUGUCGCCUUAAAAUAAGAGAGUGUCUAAGCAUUCUAUUGCAGAACCUUAUCUAUUUUUUUGUUAAAUUAAAUAUUCACCUGUAUGAAACCAUCCAUCAACAAUGGCUUCGUUUGUGAGCUCAGGAUUUUUGUAGUACCCAGCGAAGAGAGACUUCCCUCGGAUGCAUAUUUCACCUCGUGAAGGGACACCAAGUGGAUCAUAGCCCAUCUCAGGUACUUCUUCCAGUCGUAUUUCAGUGUAAGUGGCUGGUACGCCAACACUUCCAACCAGGGCCAUGUCAUCAAUAUAGCAGACUGUGCUAGGUCCCAGUGUUUCUGUUAAACCUGAGCAAAGGCCAAGAAAUCCAACCUCAUUGGUUUCUUUUGGCUAACUCAGGAUUUACAACUGGAAAAAACAGCUGUCCUAAACGAUCUUGCUUCUUGUUAUAAGGAGUAAGGUGCAAGCAAGUACAAUAAAGCUAAAUACUUCACACAGUAAGUUGGCAAAAGUUCAGAAAACUAGUAUUUGCAGUGAAAAAUAUGAAAUUGUGAUUCAUAUCAUAGGACUAUGAUAGUAAAAAGGAAACCUGAGCUCGACAUAGACAAGUAAUGGCAUUAAAAGUGUUUAAUUCUCUUUUAUUAUACUCUACUCUCUACCCAUUUCUCUAUAAUAAACAUUGCGAAAACAGCCUAAGGUAUUCCUUUUUUAACAUUGAAUCAGUAACUUUGUUUUGAUGCUACAGGAAACUGUAGAAAGUAUUACCAUAGCCUUGGAUAAAGUAUGCACAGGUGGUCACUCUCAAGAACUCUUCAAUCUCAGUACUUAAUGGAGCCCCUCCUGAGAUUAAUAAGCGAAGACGACCUCCAAGCCUUGCCUUGACCUAAUGAAGCAAAUGACAAGGAAGUACCCAGUAUAGAAAUUGCUCAAGCUGUGGGAAUCCAUCCUUGGCCAGCACGCUCCGGAACACUGGCCCUACCGCUGGUUGGCCAUCCUUGCCGGGCUUCCCAUCUUCCACUUUAAUCGUGAAGAUGUUCUUCGGGUUUGCCUCCAUCUCUUAGGAUGGCGUCAAAGCCUCUGACAUCCAGAACUCAAGUGUAGGACUAGGAGACGAUAGAGAGGCAGCGGUCCGCACUCCGUCUGGAGAUAUGAUGGCUGUCAGGCUGUACGUAUGGUGCUGGUGACUGGCGACCUCUCAGCAUCGACGUCCCUUGGUGGUUGGACGUAAGUUUCAUCUCCCAACCCCCGCGCUAUCUGCAGUUGGUUGCAAUCAGCUGAAAAUGGGUCCUAUUUGCCUCUCGUGACAAAAGGAAAAAUAUCAUUACCUCCGUAUAGGAAGCGGUUAGCAAGAUGAUCUGAGAGCUCUUUGUGCACAAGGGCAUAGUACUUGACAGGGCCAUUUAACAGGCCACACCUACCAGCCCCUGUCCAGGACUCAAUUGUGUGGGUCAGGUCUCAGGCUCCGUCCACUGGACCAUCCGUUCAUUCCAUUGCCGGAAAGAGGAGCCAAGCAAUGGAGGCUGCCGAACAAAGAGAGCAGGAAAGCAGCCAUAGUGGCGAUGUCAUGCAGAUGCAGAGUGGGUGGGGGCAGUUGGACUUAACUCCGCCUUGUUGCAUCCGCCCCGCCAGCACAGCUUCACACGCCAAGGGAAGCGCUUGGCCUGGCCUGAAUUUUGUAAACGCAGCAAGCUGAUGCGUCUCAUUCUCCUUCCUACACUUCGUUCAGGACAACUCCCAGGGUCAAGGGAAACUGCACCUGGACGUGGUCUCAUGAUGAACGGUUGGCAUCCGGACAACUACUCUAGCUAUGAUGAUUGAUAGCUUCCGGACGACAUAUCGUUGUGUCUGCUGGGCAUAUAUACUUGUCAAAGAAGAUCAUCUGGUGGACCAUUUCUUCAUUCACCUAAUCUAACAACAUUUGCAAACCAAAACUUAAUGCAUUAAAAGGCAGAUGUCUCACCACAGGACCGCAAUGAUUUCGUAAGUUUUUCGCCAAGCAAAUGGUUGGGAGAAAUACUGUUUUUACCGAGCCCGUUGAUGCUGGAUUAACGAGGCAGAUUAAAGAUAUCAUGUGGCACUACAUCGUGAGCAACCGGACAAAGUUGUUUGGUGAUCCGCACAUGCUAAAGUCACCAACUUCCGGUGAUGACUGAGGAGAUCAGGACAUGGGCAGGGGAAUGUUGACGAGGCAGGGGCUCCAUGCAAGAUGGUUUGGUGAUCUGUAAUUCCAAAUGGCAGAUAGAUCAACAAGUUUACGAUUAUGGUUGGUGGUCUGUAAUUCUAGUGAAAUCUUGAUUGCUUUUUUAGUUAUUGAUUGAUGGUUAAAUAAAAUCGAAAGGUUUUAACUUGGACAA